AUGCGAGCUUUUAGCCAUGUGGUGAUUUCUAAGCCGCAGGCCAAGCACGAAAACCUCACCCCCGGCUUCCCAAAUCGACAAGCUUCCGAAUUCUCCCACGACAUUUCCGCGACGACGUGCGACCUACCGAAUACCCGCAACCUCCCUUUUCUUUCCACACACGAUGUUUCGCGCUCCUCUUCGCCGGAUACGGCCGGCUACUCUCAGCGCCGCGACGAGAAGAACGGUAGCCCUCCCGGGCAGGAGCAUUUCCACAGGCGCGGGGCCCAAAAGGGAACGUGGAAGGGGUCUGCGGCGCGAUGGGGUGCUGCGGCGGCGGCGCUGUACUGGUAUAACACGAGUCCUCUUUUCGCGGACGAUCCUGCGCCACAAACGAUCCCCGCGCCAACCUCGCUCGCGGAAGAAGAGCUAGUCACCGUCGACAAGGCCGCGGCGGCGAAGCAAGCGGAAGACGCGAAGAAGGCCGAGGAGGCCAAGAAGGCGAAGGAGGCGGCCGCGGUGGCCGCCGCCGCCGCUGCUGCUGCUUCUUCUGCUUCUUCUGCCGCGCCCGACACGGAAGAACCCGCGCUUGCCGAGGGCGGCGCCGCGCCCGAAAAGACCGAGGCCGCGAGCGGCGAGACGAGCGGACAGGCGGCGCCUGCGGGAUCGCCGGCGGCGCUCCAGGAGGAGGCGGACCAGCAGGGCGCAUUCAACCCGGAGACGGGCGAGAUCAACUGGGACUGCCCCUGCCUCGGAGGCAUGGCUCACGGGCCGUGCGGAGAGGAGUUCAGGGCGGCGUUCAGCUGCUUCGUGUACUCCAAGGAGGAGCCCAAGGGCAUGGACUGCAUUGAUAAGUUCCAGGGCAUGCAAGAUUGCUUCAGGCUCCACCCUGAGGUGUACGGCGCCGAGCUCAUGGAUGACGAGGAGGGCGAGGGUGCCCUCGAUGGCGCCUCUCCCCAGUCCGCCGCCUCGAACGAGUUCAAGGCCGCCAAGGCCACUCCUCCAAGGCGAUCCUCCAAGGCACCCAUCUACGACGAUGACGAUGUCACCAACGUUACCCCCGCCAAGGCCGUCGAUGCUACCGCUGUCAACGUGCCCGGUAGCCCGGAGCGCAAGCAGGCCGAGUCGAAGCCUACACCCAAGGAGGGUUAA